AUGGCCGAACAGAAGAAGAAGAUGAAAGGCCACAAAGUGGCUGGGACCAAACGCAGUCUCAACGAUGCCGCUGACAGUGGCCUCGAGCCACCGACGAAGCGGGCGGCACCCGAAGCCGCAAUGCGACAACAACAAACCGAAGUUGAUGAAACAAUCGCCAUGAUGGACCCGGCAUUGCUGGCUGACCAUUUUGCCAAAUUCGUCCGAAAGAGCUUUCCUGACAGCAGUUCGAUCGAGCUGGAAGAUCAAUUCUUGCCCACAAAAGCCUUUCUCAACACCUCCGACUUCAACAAGCGCCACACAGCAGUGAAUCUGCCAGAGUUUCUGGAGAAGUUCUCCGACAAGGGCAAGACCGGAUUGUCUUCCUGCGAUGACAAGGCCUCGCCUCAUACUCUGGUAGUCACGUCCUCGGGAAUUCGUACUGCGGACCUCACACGAGAAUUACGCGUUUUCAACAACGAAAAUGUCAAGGUCGCCAAAUUGAUUGCGAAACAUAUGAAGCUGAAAGAUAAUGUGGAAUACAUGCAGAAAACAAGAGUUGGAAUCGCUAUCGGAACACCAGGCAGACUCAAGGAUCUUAUUGACGCAGGGGCUCUUAAGCCGAAGGGCAUACGGAGGAUAGUGGUGGACGGGUCAUAUCGCGACCAGAAAAAGAGAACGAUCUUUGAGAUGAAUGAGCUGUUUCAGCCCUUGAUGACACUGCUCAACUCCGAUGAGCUCCGUCAACGAUACGGGACCGAUGACAAGAUUGAUAUUCUGGUCUUCUGA